AUGGCCGGCGUUGCAGACAAAGCGCGCUACUAUCUUGAGCGAGCAGCGCCACAGCUGCGGGAAUUCGAAGAAAAGGAAAUCUUUUCCAAGGAAGAAAUCCGCUCCCUCGUCACCAAGCGCGCAGACUAUGAGCACCUGAUCCUCUCCCCGGGGAGCAAGCCGAACGACUUCCUUUCCUACGUCGCCUGGGAGCGGUCACUAGACCGACUGCGUGCGAAGCGGUGCGCGCGGCUCAAGAUCCGCUCGUCGAGCGCCCACGCCAGCCAGGCCCGCACCUUUGGCAUCUUUGAGCGCGCCGUGCUCAAGCACCCCGGUUGCGUGCCCCUGUGGCUGGCCUACCUCGACUUUGCCGCCCAGGUCAAGGCCUCGAAGCGCUGGCGACGCGUCGCCACCCGCGCCCUGCGCCUGCACCCGACCGAUGCGUCCCUCUGGACCCUAGCCGGCCGCCGCGCCGCCCAGGCCGGCGACAUGGAGCGCGCCCGGGCGCACUUUCUGCGGGGAUGCCGCUUCUGUAACCGCGAGCCGACUCUGUGGGUUGAGUAUGCGCGGUGUGAGAUGGAAUGGCUUGCGCGCGUGGAGGCUAAGAAGAAUGGCAAGGGGGUCAGAAAGGGUGUUGAUGCCCUCGCGGCUAUCAAGGCUACUGAGGCGGAGCAGGAAGGGGAUGUGAUUGAGUUUGACGACGAAGACAAUGAGAGCGGGGAUGACGACGGCCUGAUGCUCCCUGACCCGGACGCGGCCGAGGGAGCCGGGCGGAAGAAGAAGCCAAAUGUGUUUGACGAGGAGGAGACCAAGAAGCUUGAGCAAAGCCCCGCGCUCAACGGCGCCAUACCCAUGGCCAUCUUCGACAUUGCCAGGAAGCAACCGUUCUUUGGGGCCGCGGCAGCCGACAAGUUUUUUGACGUGUUUGCCGGGUUCGAUAAUGUCUCGUCACGCGACAAUAUUUUGCAGCAUGUUCUUAGUGCGAUGGAGGAGCUGUUCCCCAACGACCCGUGCACAUGGAGCUGCAAGAUACGGCAGCCACUCAUCGGAGUUGACAUGCAGACCCCUGCGUUCCCCAAGGCGUUGCGGGAGUCGCUGGCGAGGUUGAAGGGCGCAUUAGAGAUGACACACGACAAAAAGUCACUCGCAGCGAGACUGGUUCCAUGGGUGGAUUCCAUUCUAGCCCAGGAGAGUCUGGAUGAGGCCAUCAGGACGGUGCUGGAGCAUGGGAAGCGGUCCUUGGAGUUGUCGUUGACAUAA